AUGGCUACUCAUCUGCUAACAUUUCCCAUCUCCUCCCCACCUAACCUCUCUUUCAAUUACACACUCAAUCUCAAUCAUCACCACCGCUUCAUUUCUCAACUACCCUCCAAACGACGUUGCUACCGCCACCUCAACCGCCGCCGUAUUUCCCGCCCAUAUUUCCCCGUCUCGAACUCUUUCAGUACUGAAAUUCGCUCACCGGAAUCACCUCUUCUUCAAUCCCAGUCACAAACCAAAGACUCACCGCUUCUUCUCGAUGUCACCGGAAUGAUGUGCGGCGGCUGCGUCUCCCGAGUCAAAACCAUUCUCUCCGCCGACGACCGAGUUGACUCCGUCGUGGUCAACAUGUUGACCGAAACAGCAGCUGUCAAGCUUAAACGCCUCGAAGAAGAACACGCGAGCGUCGCUGAGAGCCUUGCUCUGCGACUGACCGAAUGCGGGUUUCCGACUAAGAAGAGGGAGUCCGGUUUGGGAGUGGCGGAAAAUGUUAGGAAGUGGAAGGAAUUGGUGAAGAAGAAGGAGGAACUUCUCGCCAAGAGCCGUAACCGCGUCGCUUUCGCUUGGACUUUGGUCGCACUGUGCUGUGGAUCGCAUGCUUCACAUAUUUUUCAUUCGUUCGGGAUUCAUAUUGCUCAUGGACCGGUUAUGGAAUUUCUUCAUAACUCAUAUGUGAAAGGUGGAUUAGCUUUGGGCGCUUUAUUGGGACCUGGAAGAGAGUUACUCUUUGAUGGUCUAAAUGCUUUCAAGAAAGGGUCGCCAAAUAUGAACUCUCUCGUGGGAUUUGGUUCAAUAGCUGCUUUCAUCAUCAGUUCGAUCUCAUUGCUGAACCCUGAGCUGGCAUGGGAUGCAUCAUUCUUUGAUGAACCGGUCAUGCUUCUUGGUUUCGUGCUUCUAGGACGUUCUCUGGAAGAAAAAGCAAGGAUUCAGGCGUCUAGUGAUAUGAAUGAAUUACUUUCAUUGAUAUCUACUCAGUCAAGACUUGUCAUUACAUCAUCAGAAGGUUCCCUAUCUACUGACAAUGUGCUUAGCUCUGAUGCAAUUUGUGUGGAAGUUCCAACUGAUGAUAUUCGAAUAGACUCAGUGUUGGUGUUGCCUGGAGAAACUAUUCCUAUAGAGGGAAGGGUUGUUGCAGGAAGAAGCGUUGUGGACGAAUCCAUGCUUACAGGAGAAUCACUUCCUGUAUUUAAGGAGGAAGGCUUCACAGUUUCAGCAGGAACUAUAAAUUGGGAUGGUCCUUUAAGGAUUGAAUCUUCUUCGACUGGCUCCAACACAAUGAUAUCCAAGAUUGUACGCAUGCAACCACAACAAUCCACAAAUUAG